AUCGCUUCUCUGUCUCCAAGCCAAAGCCAGAUUGAAAUCAGAGUGUCACCGUAUCCGCAGCUCAGUGCAAAACGUCGUAAGCGUAACGGAGCACCAGCCGGCAAUUUCAUCAGGCAGGUUGUCUUCGCCCUGCACCCCAUGCACCCAGUUUAAACAACGAGACCGAAGACAGGAACAUUCGUUGCACAAUUAGGUGAUGUUAGAUAGGGGUCUGUUUUUUUUACUGGAACUGUGACGAAAUCGCGAGAAGAUGCUCACGGAUAUGAUCGUUGAAGAGGAAUUCGAGAUCAAGGAGGAAGAGCCGUGGUACGACAAACAGGACCUCGAAAACGACCUGCACCUGGCAGCAGAGCUGGGAAAGACCCUGCUGGACCGGAACAGAGAGCUAGAGCAGGCUCUGCAGCACAUGUACUCCACCAACCAGGAGCAGCUGCAGGAGAUAGAGUACCUGACGAAGCAGGUGGACUUGCAGAGGCAGGUGAACGACCAGCAUGCCAAGGUGUACGAGCAGCUGGACCAGUCAGCCAGGGAACUGGAGCAGAGCAACACCAGGCUGGGACUGGACAACAGGGCCGCCCAGAUCAAGAUCCAGGGGCUGGCCGACACCGUAGACAGUCUGCAGGCCCAGCUGGAGGAGACACAACACCAGGCUGAGGUGCUGAAGAGCACCCCUGCCCACGCCGCGGGGAGACCCCGUGCAGAGCCGGGGCGACCCCACAGCGCCCAGAGCCUGUCCUGCCUCAUAGAGCUGCCUCUCAAACACAGAUACUCAGACAGCUACGACACAGACGACCUCUCGGAUGACCUCUGCUUGCCCUCUGACCUCUCCUGGCGUGAGGAGGAGCAGGCGUCGCUACGGCGAUCUCUCCGCUCCCUUCAGACCCAGUUGGCCAAUGAGCGCGCCAGGAGGGAAGAGGCGGAGCGAGAGGCGGACCUGCUGGCCAAUGAGAACGCUUCUCUGGAACAGAGGCUUGGGAAGAUGGAGGGUUGCCAGGCCAGACUAGCCGAGCUAGAGUGUGAGGCGGAGGAGCUACGUCAGCUGUGGAGAGCCGACUCCACGUCCAAAGCCGGGUCAAAGGUCACCCUGACUCUGAUGCCUGACGUCGUGUUCUUCCCCCCGGAGGAGGAGCCGGGGAUGGAGGAGAAGGAGGGCGGGAGUGAGGGAGAGCUGCUGGAGGUGAAAGGUCGAGGAGCGCUGAAACGCUGCAACAGCGAGAAGAUCCUGAGGGGGGGCUUGCAGGGGCUGGGCAGGGUCACAGGUCAGGGGCUGGGUAGGGUCACAGGUCAGGGGGACCACGAGCGUUCCUGCGUGCGGCGCUCCGAGGUGGUGACUCGGCGAGGGAUCUCUCUCCUCAACGAGGUGGACGCCCAGUACAGCGCGCUGCAGGUGAAGUAUGACGAGCUGCUGCGUCGCUGCCACCAGGGGGAGCCAAACCAGACCGCCCUGACCCCCAGCAGAGCCCUCCUGCCCUGCCCGGCCACAUUCCUCCUGGGCCAGGCUGGGGGGGAGGGGCUGGACGAGGACUUCCACCAGCCGGAGUACAAGGCCCUUUUCAAGGAGAUUUUCACCUGCAUCCAGAAAACCAAAGAGGACCUGAGGGAGAACAGGCAGAAGCCUUGGUAGUCGUAGUAGUUUUGUUUCGCACUUUGAACUCGACACGUCAACGCGACUUUGAGCUGUUGAGCUAGGCAAGGUUAUCAGACAGCAGAAGUGGGAAUAUUUGGCUGAUGUGAUUCGAACCGGCACUGUCUCAGAACGUCUCUUCAGCUGAAAAAGUACCAUGUGAAUCGAGAAAGGUCAAAGUGAUUGUGUCAAAAGCUUUUUGUUGGUUGCUUUUUGGUAAAGAUACCUGAUUCUCUCUGUGUUCUGUUUAAUAUAUCCUUGAUUAUAAUGCAUUCUUUUGGGGCUUGUAGCACAGGAAUAACAACAGUUGUCUUGUUGAGAUGGUUGACGUUAGCACGUAAACACAGAUGCCUAAAACCUACUCUGCAAAAACCUUCCGUCUCCCUCAACAAGCCCUGACUCUGCAAAUACGAUCCUCAGGAAAUGAAUAUGCUGAACAGUGCUCCACUCAUCUGAGAGACAGAUUGAUCCAAAUGUGAAGCGUUUGUCUUUUUUGGUGCCUACAAAUGAAUGUUUCCUGCUUAUGGUGAUUGCUUAGCAUGAGAAGGCUUACUUUCUUCUGUUGGGGGUACGUGAGCAGUAAUCAGAACAUCCUAAACACCAGCGACAAACGCAGACCUAGCGACAAACGCAGACCUAGCGACAAACGCAGACCUAGCGACAAACGCAGACCUAGCGACAAACGCUGACCUAUUGGAACUAAACCUGGUGUUACUGGUGCUCAUCUGGACUAUUAAUACGCAAUGUCUUUUACAUCAGGAAUUUAACAACUUCAAUAAUUGUACAUUAAGAAAAAGACUUGAACAAGUUGGUAGAGGUUAAUGACUUGAGUAAUUUAGGAGUAAAUUUGUAGUUAGAGAAAAUGCACUGAGGUAUACCAAAUAUCAUUCAGUAGGGUGCUAUGAUAUAAAUGUGAUAUUCUUGUUUGAUAAAAGAGGCUGUUGACUUGAUAAGAGACAUGAUGAACUUGUUGAAAUGUUCUCUCACUGUUCUUCUGUUUCCCUGGUGGAACUGUAAAAUCACGUCUUAAUGAUUAAUGAUGCACUUUAGACCUGCACAGGGAUUUAUGUUUGUUUCUUCCACGUAAUGCAGCCCAGUCACAUGUCAGUGUGUACGUUUUGAUUGGUUCUCUUCCACUGUACACCCUGAGAAUGUAAAUGUGAAAAUCACUGUAAUCUGUGUAAAACUAUACUGAUGAAUGGCAGCAAUCUGGGUGACAUUGUUCUUUUCUGCUAAACCUGUAGUUCUCAGAAAUGUCUUUCAAACAUUACUCGCUUCAGAACUGUUGGACUGGGUGAAUUGUUUAUUACGAGUCUCAAAAAAAGAAAACAGUGUGUUUGUACACUUUUGUCAAGUCGAGGAACCUCAGUCAUGUCAUUUAAUAAACUGGCUGUAUGUACUGUAUCUGAAUGCCACAUAAAAUGUAUUCCUCCA